UUGACCAAAACAAACAUGGCGGCCACAGUAGAGACGAUAAACAUACCGAAGCAUUUUGGAUGAUUUUCUUCUACUCUCCCGAAUUUGCCUUCGGUUUUCACGGAUUACAUAUUUUGUAAGAUGACCGUGUAACUAGUGACAUGUUUCUGGACCAUUUUAGGAACGCAGAGCUAAAGCGAAACAACGGAAGUGUGUGACUCGUUUGAAAAUAAACAUCCGCCACUGUAACGCGUGUGUUGUUUACUAUGUUAGCUCGUCGGUUCAGCGGUACAAAUACGAGGAAGAAAGGUAACAAUCGUCUUUUUAACGGAACGAGGAAUGGCGUAUUGUUUCUUCUGACACCCAGGAUAACCGAACAAGAUGUAAAACGUCUGAGUAUCUCUCCCUGAACAAACAAACAAACGGACAUGGACUUUGCCGUUGGGACCACCUGAGAGCACCGAUAGGUAAACUCAGAGUUCAUGAUACAUUACCAUGGGUUUGGUGGACUUUAUCAUCUCCACGGUUGUAAAAUGCCUGGAAGCCGUCUGCUUACUGCUGGACCUGAAUUUUGUCAUGGUCCACACCGUGGUGCGGACCGCCAUGGCUGUCAUCACCUUUAUAAACAGCAUUCCCACCCUGCUACUCCACUCGGUGCUGGAGCUGGGACACUUCACCUUCUUCUGCUUGGUGUCCCUGGCAGAGGCGACGACCAGCGUUGCCCACAGCACUGUCACCAUGCUGGGGAGCCUGGUGCUGGCUCUGGAGGGGCUGCUGGAGAGCUUGAAGAUGGUGGGCUACCUGUCCAUGCACGUCCUGCUCCGUGGGAAGGAGCAGCUGUGUCGAGGUCUGCUGUCGGUGCUGGAGGGCUGCGGCAUCGCUGUCAGCCUGGUGGUCUACUUCACCAACACCAUGGUCAACUUUGCACUCAUCGCCACCCAAAACGUGUGCUCGGUGUUGGUCGGUGUGUGGCAGACGGUCUCCAGCCCGCUGCAGAAGGUUCUGGAGUUCACGCUGACCUCCUUCACCUUCCUGUACAGCAGCCUGGUUGGGACUUCGGCCUUCCUGUGGUCACCCUGUAAACUGCUGUUGGACUUUAUGGUUUCGCUGGUGCAUAUGUUUAUCAGCAUCUUCAUAUUGAACAUCUACGGCCUCCUGCUCACUAUUACUAUUGCUCUAACCACCACCGCCUACCUGAACCCAGAGCUGACCCGACAGGCUGCGGUGCGAAUAGUGGAUUGCAUCAACUCAUUUCCUGCUUCACGCAGAUUUUCUGUGGCUCUCCAUCGCCUCAAUUUUGCCUUGCGGAGCACCCCACAUUUAUUACAUGUUGCCAUGGAGCGCUUGCAGAGAAUAUUCCACAACCUCUACUUGCUGGAGAGAGGACUUUGGCAGCAGCUUUCUCCACUUAGAAGCCUGGUUCUGGCUCUGAGGACACAUCUCAGCAGGGACAACAACAACAGAGUGCACGGCGACGGAGACCCUGGAGGGGAGAGGCGGGACCCGCCGGAUGGAAGAGCAGGAGAUGGAGUCCACCAGGAGCUGCUGGAUUUAGUUUUGCCCUCAUCCAGCAGCACAGACAGACCACUUAAGAAGCAAAUGGCUUCCGGCAAAGACAGUAAGCCUCUGCCUGCUGAGAAUCUGCUGACUCUGCUGAAGGAGCAGGAGGAGAGGAAGAAGUGUGUGAUCUGUCAGGACUGCACCAAGACCGUGGUGCUGCUGCCAUGCCGGCACCUCUGCCUGUGUAAAGACUGUACCAACAUCCUGCUGAGGCAGCCCAUGUACCAACAGAACUGCCCGCUCUGCCGGCACAUGAUCCUCGACCAUAUGGACGUGUAUCUAUGAGGGACCAACAGAAGUGGGUACAUGUCUGACUGUAUGGAUCUGUUUUACCACCUCUGACACUGUGGUGUAAGACCUUUUCACCAGGUUGUCUUAAAGGAUAAAUCUGGUGUUAUUCUUCAUUUUUUUGCUUUCAAAAAAUCCCAUCAUAAAACCAAAUGCUACAACAUGUUAGCCUGUCUCUUCAAUCCUUCCUGCUUCUUUACCCUUGCAGUCCCACUCAAACCUAAGACAAUUAUUUUCACAGAAAAUCUAUAUGUUUCAAAUGUUACUAGAAAAGGUUCUCAAUGAGUAGGUUUAUGCUAGUCAGGACAAUUUCAUAUUCUAUUGGAAUUAAUUACAAUAAUACAAAUAUCACAAACUCUAUCUUAUAAAUUGGCAGUGUUUUGACAACCGUUUAAAAAAGGUAACACUUGUCCCACUUCCAUACAACACACUAACUUUAACUGUGUACUAUACUUUAAAGUACACAGUUUUGCCACUUGUAUCCACAAAAUCAACAUGUAAGGACGAGGAAAUGAAAGAAUACUUGCACCUUCAGAUAUCAAACUACAACAUUAAACAUUAAAGGCCACUUCGGUUUCACCACUAUCCACUAUUUUGUUCAGCGUUGAACAAAUGCCUGCAUGUCUUUUGUGCAAUGCAUUGUGGUUCCAUCAAACUUACAUAGUAGUUUUUUUAUAUGCAUACUGAUUGGUUAUUGUUUACUUUUUGCUUUAUCUAGUCUGAACCAACAACAUUCAAAUCCUCCUAAGAGUUAUUUGGUAGUAUGGAUUUUGGGACACAAGCUCACCAGUGGCCUCCCUGAUGCUGAACAGUCUAUCACCGCUCAUGUCUUAAGAUGUUGUGCUUUCAGUGGGCAAAGCUGUGAAGAAGAUCACUGUGCUGCAUUUCAUUAGCAUACAAUGAUUCCACACAUGCUGUAUGUUUGACAGUGUAUUCAAAGCAACACUAAGGUCAAAGUUUUGACUUGUAAAAAGCUUUUAACAUUGAAAUAUACUUUUGUAAACCUAGACCAUUUUCUCCAGUGAUGUAAAGACAGUUUUCUCUCUUUAGGGACGGUGAUUUAUAAUUUUCCAGUAAGGCCUGAUCAAUUACAGCUUUAUUGCAUUUAUUUGUUCUAUUGAUAGGGUUUAUUCCAGUCUUCCACCAGAGGCACAUAACAGUCACACAAACACAAUCCAUAAAAGGUUUUGCCUUUCCUUUGUUGUGGUAAUAAAACAGAUUUCUGUUGUAUAAAAGGACUGUAAACUAAUAAGGCUUUUCAAUUUAGUUUUGUUUCUCACGUGUUGCUGUUGAAGCUGAGGUGUUGAUAUUGAUCAGUGUUUAAAGUUUACAUGGCAUAGUUGUGGAAACACUUGUUAUUCAUGGUGGGUGGUACGGGGGCAAAUCUGGCAUUUCUGCUUCUUAAAAUAAUUGGUGUGAUUAGAUUUGUAUCAGAUGUCAUUAAUGAAAGUGGUCUGAAUGAAGGUUUUUGAUAAGGUUGUAUAUGACCUCUAGAGACCUGACUGCAGUCAUUACCGACUACUAUAAGGUAUUCCUAGUUUAUCAGAGAGGGAGAAAACAGCUCACAUGAUAUAUUUCUUGUUACCUGCUUUUGUAUGACAAAGUGUGGGAAAGGGGAUUUGAAGACAUGAAUGUAACUUUUUAAAUACUACGGCUGCCACGUAACUGGCGAGUCUCCUGUUCAUAAUAAAAAAACAACUGAAACUGUA